AUGCAGAAAUGGAAAUCCGAAAAUCCGGGUUUCCGGAUAUUUGGAAUAAUCAAGUAUCACGUUCGUAAUUUACAUUUAAAAAGAAAGAAAUCAAAACAACAAAUUCAACGUCCCAACCAUAAAUUGCCACCUGAACUUAUCUCUGAAAUUUUCGAAUACCUUUGGGGUGGUAUUCUUGACGAACCAGCUUAUGAAUACGAAAUACCAAAUGCAAUAGACGAUCAUUUUUCGCAAGAAAGGUCGGACCUCUUCAGAGUGUCAAUGAGGGACUGGGAGUCUUUGUUCCAGUGGCUUAUGGAAGGGGGUUACGGCAAAUACGUCAGGCAAAUUCAUGUCGAAUAUGAUUACGACCCUAAACAAAAUGAAACUGCUCUUUCAUUAGACGAAAAAUUUAAGGGCAUUGUUGAAUUUACUGAAACUGUUCCUAGCAUGCAUACUUUCGCUGUGAGAUUUAAUUCUGCUACUGCUGAUCAUAUCUCGGAAGACCUUCCGCCAGUUAUGGAUAGUUUUUUUCAUGAAAUAUCGGCCUCAUGUAAAUCUGUUCGACGUGUCAAAAUUCAUACAUCGGGGUUGCGUGGGCCAAAUAAAGAUGACACCUUAAAUCUUCCAUCAGUUAGUAAUAUCAUAUCAAUGGUAACUAAUACCGUGCGAGAAGUUGAUUUAAUGAUGCAUGUUGCAACUCGAGAAACAAUUGAAGCUCUUUGUAAUUGCAAAGGUGUUGAUCGCGCGUUGGUCCAUUGUUGCAGCUGGGGUGAUACUCCUAGCGAUUAUUAUACAUUAUUAAUGUCUUGGAAACAUUUAAAAAACCUGCAGAUAGAACCUCCGCAUAAC